AUGACUUCUCCCCAUGCAACAGAUGGAAAGCCACCAUCUUCACUCCAAGCUACUGAGUCUACGCCACUAUUGCAUCAAUCUUCCCGUCAAUCAUUAUACACCAGUCAAGAGGAUACGACUGUAGAUAAGGAUGUUGAUCCAAGCCUGUCCUCAACCCUCUUCGCCCCCGAGGAAGACCCGGCGUUGCUUAGUCUCUCCAGAGUCACCUCAAUCCCGCAAGGGCUCGAUAUUGAACCCAAUCUCGAGCGACUCCCUUCUGCUCCAGUGAGCCAGAAACAAGUGCCCGGAGAGGCUGAAGAUGGAGUUGCCGGUGAGCCUACUGGCUAUGCUUCACGGUUCAUCAAUGUCUCACCCAUGAGAUUCUGGCUCAUCUUCUCUGGUAUCAUGAUGGGAUACGUGAUCGGAUUUUUUGACUCCACCUUGAUGGCUUCGAGUCACCCGGUCAUUACCUCCUACUUCCACGCUUCGAACUCCGCAUCUUGGCUAUCGACCGCAUUCCUAUUGACAUCUACCGCUUUCCUCCCGCUUUUUGGGCGCAUUUCUGACACAUUUGGAAGGAAGCCAGUCUACCUUUUCGCCAUUGCCAUCUUUUUCGUCACAACGGCAUGGUGCGCAGCCGCCCAAAGCAUGUUCAGCUUCAUCGCUGCUCGAGCGUUUUGCGGACUCGGAGCUGGUGGUGUGUUCUCCAUGGGCAUGAUUCUCUCCAGUGAUCUAGUGCGCCUUGAAUACCGAGGCGUCUAUCAGUCCUACAUCAACCUCUGUCUGGGCAUUGGUGGUUGCCUUGGUUUGGCAUUCGGCGGGUUCCUGUGCGACCAAGUGGGGUGGAGAGGUGCGUUCCUCGUGCAAUUGCCCUUCAUCUUUGUUUACUUCAUCGUGGCAGCUUGGACAACCCCUGCCGACCUGGGCUUGAAGAGGGCCAAAACAGAGAGGAAGAGUCUGAUGCAGCUCCUCAAGAGCAUUGACCUUGUCGGCUCGUUCAUACUUGUCGUCGGUGUGACUUCAUUGAUUAUGGGACUGAAUCUGGGUGGUAAUGUGUUGAGCUGGACUCACCCCAUUGUUAUCACGUCCUUGAUCUCAUCCUUCAUCUUAGCUAUUGUUUUUGUUCGCUAUGAGCGGACCGUGGAGCGGGGAGUUAUGCCAAUUUCGCUAUUGGUACAGGAGCCUCGUGCCAGCCUUAUCUUUGGAAACUUCUUCGGCGCCAUCUCCGUUAACACUAUGGUCUUCAAUGCGCCCCUGUAUUUUCAGGCAGUCAAGCUAGCUACUCCGACUGACUCGGGUCUCAGGCUAAUUGGCUCAACUCUUGCGGUGACGAUCUCCAGUGUGUCGACAGGCUUCAUUAUCACUUGGACUAAACGGCUUAAGCCAACCAUCAUCUUUGGCGACAUCUUUCUACUGCUCGGUGGUUGCGCUGCCGCUUCCAUGGGCGUUGGUACGCCUGAUUGGCUUGCGAUGGUUUGCGUUUCGCUCUCCAGUCUCGGACAAGGAUGCUCUUUCCCCUCGCUAAUGGUAUCGGUUCUUGCCACUACUGAUCAAGAGGACCAGGCCGUGGCCACGACGACCUUGGGUUUGUGGAGAAAUCUCGGAUCGGUGAUGGGUGUCGCAACCAGCAGCUGGAUCUUCCAGAACACCCUCGUGUAUCAACUCGAAGAGAUGGUCACCGGACCAAACAAGGAGGAUGUCAUCCUCCUUGUUCGCAAAUCCGUCCAAGCAAUCGCGAAACUCGAUUCAAUGCAUCAGCAACAAGUGAUCGGAGCGUAUGCUGCUGCCCUUCGCGCUACUUUCUUCUCUGCUGCCAUCUGGGGUGCUCUUAUGCUCAUUCUGCACCUUCGAGUCCGAGUCCCCAGACUGGGAACUAAAGCAUAA